CAUAAUAGGUAAUUCGCCAUGAUGACGGCCGACGCUGCUUCAGUGCUUCCAGUCUGUUCAGUGCUGUUUCCCCCCAGGGGUUCUUUAUGACAUGACCAGCAUGCUUUCUCUCCACGACAGGGCCACGACAGGGCUACCCAGAGAUGAUAUACAGUACUGCAUUAUUUGGACUUUCAGUAUGUAACUCACGUUGGGUAGCUGGGCAGGUAUAGGUAGUUAGGGUAAUGUUAUUAGAUCCGUAAAGCAGUCUAGUCUAAGUGCGCUUUGUUCCCAUCCCCAUCCCCAUCCCCACAAGGCCUUCCCAUACUGUUGGGCGCGCUUUGCCAUUUUCUUCGAUGAAUACUUACACUACAUAGGUAUUGGCAGGUCCUGUAAAUAUAUCUUUUCUAUCUUUAGUCGUUCUUUUUUGUUUGUUUCUUUCUUUCUUUUCGUUCGUUUCCCUUGAGUCGCUCUCUCCCUGGCGCCUGGUAGACAGUAUCUAUCAUGGCAGCUCAAGACCCAAACGCGCCGACAGACAGCAAUGGCGGUGCUCUGGUGGCUACCGCCGUCGCCAUGCUGGCGUUUUCCUGGCUAUCUGUUUCUCUAAGGUCGUUUGUUCGCGCCAAGCUCACCAACGGCUUCCAAUGGGAUGACUGGCUGAUGUUGCUUGCUCAGGCAAAUUUCACCGUAUCAUGCUCGCUUAUACUUAUGGGGGUUCGGGAUGGAUUGGGAAGACACAACAAAUCGCUGGACCAAUACCAUGAGAUCCAGGCUUUGGAAUAUCAAGCUCUGGCUACGGCAACUUACGUCCUUAAUAUGUGGCUGAUCAAGCUUAGUAUCGGUAUCUUUUUGCUACGUCUCGCUACGGAGAAGAGGUACAAAUAUACGCUUUACGGCAGUCUCAUCAUCGUCAGUAUAUGGAGCGUAGUUUUGUUCUUUUGGAAUAUCUUUCAGUGCAACCCGGUCUCCGCUCAAUGGGAUUAUACGAUUCUCGAGAAGGACUCCAACGCUCGCUGCGUCUCGGCCGACGAGAUUGUCAAUGCUGCAUAUGCACUAAGUGUUAUGAACAUCGUUUCCGAUUGGUUAUACGCCUUAUUACCGAUUCCCAUGAUUUGGAGCGUUAGGAUGACGACACAAGCUAAGAUGACCGUGGUCGUGGUUCUCGGGUUGGGUAUUUUCGCGAGCGUCGCUACCCUCGUCCGACUCAAGUUUCUUUCCGAUCUUACGGACAUGGCAGAUAUCUUGCAUAGUGGUACUGAUGCGAUGGUCUGGACAUUGAUUGAACCAGGAGUUGCAAUUGUCGCCUCGAGUCUUGUUACCAUUAGACCUCUUCUUAGGCAAUGGAGGAUCAAGGGAUUUGGUUCUAGCGGGCAGAGCCGUCCAGCUAAUGCGGGCUAUAACAGCUAUUCGACGUCGCGUGCAAACCGAUCAGCCAAGAUGCCAGCUUUUGGAUCUACUGAAUUUACUCUCGUAGAUCUCGAGAAUGGUCAUGCGAAGAAUUCUAAGCCGUGCUCGCCAGUCGCCGGGUCGUUUAGUGGCAAGAUCCAGCGGUCUCUGUCGUUAUCGGAUGCGGGUAGCAUGACGAGCAAGAGUUACCUAUCUCGAACAUCGUCCGACGCUACGAUUUAUUCAAGAAAGGUCCAACGCUCUCGAUCAAUCUCGGAUACCGACACUUUGACAGGCCGAAGCCAUCGAUCUCGGCCGUCAUACAUGUCGAGAGUUCGCGAAGCACCUACCGAAGAAGACGAUGGACGACAAGAGUAUUGGGGAAACGAAUCCAGAAGGAUAAAUAUAAAGAGCGAGAUGUAUGUCAUCGAAGGAAACACGACGCCGACGAUGCCCAAACCACCCUCUGGAGCUUAUCAGCGCGACGAAACAUGGCUGGCGGAACAGGACUCGUCGAAUGACGGAUCCUUCGAUCUUGCACGCGUCCAGUCCCAGAACACCGAUAUUCCGAACCCGCUACAGCUGCCGAAGCCAUUACCCCCAUUACCGUCGUACCGAAGAUGAGCACGCCUAAUCGAGUUACAAGGAAGAACCAUAGAUGCAUAAAAGCUACUUCAGACGAUAACUACGACGACACCUACUACGGGAAAUACCCACAGCGUCAACGCCACCUUGAUCUAUUCUUUUCGUUUUCCCUUU